UAAACAAUCACAUAAAGGUGAGGUCUUCGCCAUGGUUGCGUCCCAGUCUCCGUUUAGACGGAGCAAAGGCGUUUGGGCACGGCGGUGACCGCCCCCCCCAUGCGGGAAGCCUAAUCGAUCGCAUGAUGCAUGUCAUGCCUGCAUGCAUGCUUCGCCAUUAACCCCCUCCUCGCAUCAUAACGUGCGUGUGCUGCUGCUCCUCUGCUACGGAUGCAGCGCCAUUAAAGUGCUGCUGACCCAUCUUCCAAAGGUUGCACAACACAUCUGCAUAUAACUCCAUCCCACCAUCUCCAUUCCCAAGUGUUAACAAAGCAUUCGAGUCCCUCUUGUGUCAAAGUGAGUGCAACAAGGCAUAUUGGUGGGCCUCUCUCUCUUAUAAGUAUGCCUUUGUGCGUGCUUUCUCCCUGACCAUCCAAACCACCGCCUCCACCAUCACCACAAACGCCCCCGCCUCCUCCCACCCCCCCCUUCCCCCCCUCCUCCUGCUACUGCUGCUUUCCACCACCACCGCUUUACCUAUCAUGAUGCCACACCAGGCUGAGCCACAGACCGGCGGAGGUCACAACAUGGACCAGACGACAGUCAACUCGACUGUCGUCCCAUACCCCACGGGGACCGCUCAUCCUGGCCCUCGGCCGCCUCAGGCCGCCGCAGUGUUUCCCAUCACUCUUAAGUUCGAGGAGGUGGUGUACAAGGUGAAAGUAGGCGGCGGAGGGUGGUGGCGGAGGUCGAGCAGCCCGGCGGAGAAGACCAUACUGAAUGGCAUCACCGGAGUGGUGUGCCCGGGGGAGAUGCUGGCGAUGCUCGGCCCGUCCGGGAGCGGCAAGACCACCCUUCUCACCGCCCUCGGCGGCCGCCUCGGCGGGAAGCUCUCCGGCAAGAUCACCUACAACGGCCACCCCUUCUCCGGCGCCAUCAAGCGCCGCACCGGGUUCGUGGCCCAGGACGACGUGCUCUACCCGCACCUCACGGUGACCGAGACGCUUACCUUCACCGCGCUGCUGCGGCUCCCGGGGACCCUGACCCGAGCCGAGAAGGCCUACCAGGCCCAACAGGUCAUUUCCGAGCUGGGCCUAAGCCGGGUGGCCCACAGCAUGAUCGGCGGGGCCCGCGGGGUCCGGGGAGUCUCCGGCGGUGAGAGGAAGCGAGUGAGCAUCGGGCUGGAGCUGCUGGUGGAUCCGAGCCUGCUGUUGCUGGACGAGCCGACGUCAGGUCUGGACUCGACCACCGCAGCCCGGAUCGUCGGCACGCUCAAGCGGCUCGCCGCCGAGAAGGGCCGCACCGUGGUCACCACGAUCCACCAGCCGUCGAGCCGGCUCUACCGCAUGUUCGACAAGCUGGUGCUGCUGUCGGAGGGCAGUGCGAUAUACUACGGCCGGGCGGCCGCCGCCGUCGACUACUUCGCCAUGGUCGGCUUCGCGUCGCCGAUCGACGGCGUCAACCCGGCCGACCUCCUACUGGAUCUAGCCAACGGAAUCGCACCGGAGUCGAAUUACGCAAGCGAGAACGGCGACGGCAGCGGCGGCUUGCAGCAGGAGAAGAAGGCGGUGAAGGAGGCUCUGAUCGGCGCGUACGACCGCAACAUCGCCACCCGGCUGAAGGCGGAGCUCUGCGCCGUGGACCUGAACAAUUAUGGAUACACCAGAGAGAUGGCUAAUGCCAUGAAGCGGGAACAAUGGUGCACGAGCUGGUGGGAGCAGUUCACGGUGCUGCUCAGCAGAGGGUUGAAGGAGAGGAGGCACGAAGCUUUCAACAAGCUAAGGAUCUUCCAGGUGCUCAGUGUCGCCACGCUCGGAGGCCUCCUGUGGUGGCACACGCCGACGUCCCACAUCCAAGACCGGACAGCACUCAUCUUCUUCUUCUCGGUGUUCUGGGGCUUCUUCCCGCUCUACAAUGCGGUGUUCACGUUCCCCCAGGAGCGGCCAAUGCUGAGGAAAGAGCAGGCCUCCGGCAUGUAUCGCCUCUCGUCCUACUUCCUGGCGCGCACCGCCGGCGACCUGCCCAUGGAGCUCGCCCUCCCCACCGCCUUCACCUUCAUCAUAUACUGGAUGGGAGGCCUCAGGUCCGACCCCGUCGCCUUCCUGCUCUCCCUCCUCGUCGUCCUGUUCAGCGUCCUGGUGGCGCAGAGCCUCGGCCUCGCAGUCGGCGCCAUCCUGAUGGAUGUCAAGCAGGCCACCACCCUCGCCUCCGUCACCACCUUGGUCUUUCUCAUGGCCGGCGGCUACUACGUCCAGCAGAUACCGCCCUUCGUCGUCUGGCUCAAGUACUUGAGCUACAGCUUCUACUGCUACAAGCUUCUGCUGGGGGUGCAAUUCUCCGAACACGACGCCUACGAAUGCUCGAGCGGAGUGAUGUGCCCGGUGAUCGACUACCCGGCAAUAAAGUCGGUCGGACUCGGCCAUAUCUGGAUCGACGUGUGCAUCAUGGGGCUUAUGCUGGUCGGCUAUCGGCUCGUCGCCUACCUCGCACUGCACCACCUGCAAAGCGGAUGAGGAAGAAGAUAGGGUCUUCUGCAGCUGAUCAUACUCAAGAGGAAGAUACAAUGAGCGAUGAGCAAAAGAUUAUUCUCUUUUUCCAAGUGCAGAAUAACCACUGAUUCGAGCUCCCCGGACAAUACAAAUAAUAAUCCAUCGAUGACUUCAAGCUUC